GGGCUAACCAGACGGGAUUAUCAUAGAGAGAACGUCCGAACUAGGAUGUUUUCAGAUAAACGGAGUUAAUUAACAUAAACAACAGUAAUAAUAAAGUUUAUAUUGACAAAGUUGGGCCAUGUCCACACCGGCUCGAAGGAGACUCAUGAGAGAUUUUAAACGGCUACAAGAAGACCCCCCAGCUGGUGUCAGUGGAGCCCCGUCUGAAAACAACAUCAUGGUGUGGAAUGCAGUCAUUUUUGGUCCUGAAGGAACUCCAUUUGAAGAUGGUACAUUUAAACUGAUUGUAGAGUUCACAGAAGAAUACCCCAACAAACCUCCUACGGUGCGAUUUGUGUCAAAAAUGUUUCAUCCAAAUGUCUAUGCAGAUGGUAGUAUUUGUUUGGAUAUCCUCCAAAAUCGAUGGAGUCCCACGUACGAUGUGUCUUCAAUUCUUACGUCCAUCCAGUCUUUGCUGGACGAGCCAAAUCCCAACAGCCCGGCCAACAGCCAGGCAGCUCAGCUGUACCAGGAGAACAAGCGCGAAUACGAGAAGAGAGUGUCGGCCAUCGUAGAACGAAGCUGGCGAGAUAGUUGACCUGCUUUAACGCAAGUUUAGAUGAUCUUAAUCUCACCUUUUCUUUUUUUACUCUCAACAUUUUAUGCACUUUACCUUUUCACGCCCUUGAUAGAAAUACUUUUUCUUGCCAGCCGAGAGGGAAAUGUUUUCUACAUUGCCGCCCAUUAUCCCGGCAGCAUUUUGUGCUGAAUCUCACCUUGCUCGCGGGCCGCCGACUUACCUGGCUCACAUUUAACGUCCACGCCGUUUUUUCACGUUUGCCGUCGAGGACUCCCGACAAUGUUACGCUAUCUCUGUUGUGCCGUGAUCUCUUUCUUGCAUGCGUGAGACAAUGAGCUAAUCUUACCUCCCUCUUCAGUACCAUGUAUAUAAGAAUCAUGCAUCUGAAUAUAUAUGUACAGAUUUUGCA